AGUUAACAAAGUAGGCUAAAAGAUUUAUUGUAACAGAAAAAAAACUUACCGGAAAAAAUUUACCUUAAAAAUAAACAAUAAAAACACAAAAACUGUAAAUAUACUUUUUUAUUUAUAGCGCGGGAUAUAAUCAAUAGAGAAAGGAUAUUCACAUCGAUAGCGACAACUUUCGCGCGCUUUUGGUGCGUCAUGUGCUUCGUUGUCAGUUGUCAUAAUUUGGUAAUUUAACGGAACGAUAGGGGCAUAUUUGCGCUGUGUUUUGCCGUUCGAAGAAGUUUAAUAGAUUUCAUGAACUUCAGUGUGAUAUUGGGUGCUGAGAUUCUUUUGCAGUCAAGUUUUGCAUUUCUACAAGAAGAAUGAAAGAAUUUGUUGAAGGUUGGGAUGUAGUGCAGACCUUAGGUGAAGGAGCAUAUGGAGAAGUCAAGCUCUUGGUAAACAGGGUUACCCAGGAAGCUGUGGCGAUGAAAGUGCUCAACAGAAGCGAUCUUCCGGAAGCCGCUGAUAAUUUCAGGAAAGAGAUCUGUGUUCAUCGUCUACUGGAGCACGAGAAUAUCAUCAAGUACUAUGGCCACCGGAGAGAAGGCCCUCUUCAGUUUAUAUUCCUGGAGUAUGCGUCCGGCGGAGAACUUUUUGACCGAAUAGAACCUGAUUAUGGCAUGGACCAGGCUGAUGCUCAGAAGUUUUUUAAGCAAAUCAUCUCUGGAGUGGAGUACCUUCAUUCCAAAGGGGUCGCCCACCGAGAUCUGAAACCUGAGAACAUACUUCUUGAUGCAAAUGACAACAUCAGGAUCUCGGACUUUGGUCUGGCCACUGUAUUCCGCUACAAGGGGGAGGAGAGGCCCCUGGUGAAGAAAUGUGGCACGCUGCCCUACAUUGCCCCUGAGGUUCUUGUCAAGAGCUACCACGCUGAGCCAGCAGACGUCUGGAGCUGUGGGGUCAUCCUGGUUGCUCUUCUGGCAGGCGAACUCCCCUGGGACAAGCCUGCAACUUCAUGUGAACAGUACAAAGGUUGGAAAGAGUGCAAAAUAACUGUCUCCCCAUGGACAAAGCUAGACAACAUGGCCCUCUCUCUAGUCCGUAAGAUACUGACACCUAACCCGACCAAAAGAUAUACCAUAGAACAAAUCAAAGGCCACCAGUGGACACGGAAGAUGUUCGAAGCCAAAAAUACCAGUUCCAAGUGGCUAAGCAGUACUUCGGACUCACUGUCACGAAAGAAGAGCUGCUUCGACAUUGGCCAGACAGGAGACAUUGCCAGUUCGCAGCCUGACCUGAUGCACAGAGGGGACGGGGACGGCCCCACGCCUGCGGCCAACUCAGAGGUGCUGGCCCACGGCAUUAGCUUCUCCCAGCCGGCUCAUCUCGAAGACAUGCUGCUCAGCACCCAGACGCAAGGAACGCAGAGCUCCUCGCAGAGUCCUCUUCAGAAGCUGGUCAAGAGAAUGACCAGGUUCUUCGUGACCACCGAUGCCAACGAAACAGUUCAAGAACUCAGAUCUCUGUUCGAAAAGCUGGGCUACGUCUGGAAGACAAAUUCCCCCGGACAGAUCACUGUCACCACCCAAGACAAGCGCAAGGCCCAGCUGGUGUUCAAGGCAAACCUGAUUGAGAUGGAUGCCAGGAUCCUGGUGGACUUCAGACUCUCUCGCGGCGACGGCCUAGAGUUCAAGAAGCACUUCGUGACCAUCAGGAACCGCCUCUCCGAGCACAUUGCCAAGGGUCCCGUGAGUUGGCCCAUCGCCGUGGCCACCAACAGUGUACCAUGAGUCCUUGAGUACCCGACCGUCCAAGGAACUGACUGCAUUUACGACUGUACAUUUGAGUGUAGUAUAUUUUUAUAGGUCUUUAUUAGCCGGUAUCAUACUAAGGAGCACAAACUGUGUGCCUUUUUUUGUGUUGACCUUGUUUUGUGAUGUUCCUAUAGUUAACAAAGAAGUCGGCAAUCUUUUCCUUCUUGAUUUCUCUCGCGAAUGUGGCAUCUGUGAUGAUUUGCUUUUAAAAUAGUAUGGCAAUCUCUACUUGGAGGAGUCAUUGGAAAGGUGCUAUACAAGCAGCAUUCAUACUUUUAUAUUGUGCAGCUCAUUCUUCAAUGCAUGAUACUGUGUUACAGAGUGCCAUCUGUACAAAAAGCAAAUAAAAGUUUAAACACAUAAAAA